AUGGAUCUGAUGAUAAGGCGACAUGAAUAUUUCGAAUUGCACUGGAACUGUAGUACCUAUAACACUAGUGCAGUACCAGACGAGGUGAAACGACAUCCAUACUUUGGGGCUUUUUUGUUCAUUGUCAGUUGUGUUUAUAUGGUAAGUACUGAAGAAGUUAAAUCGUAUUUUACAUUAAAAUCUUUGAACUUAAUUAUUUAUGUCAUUUCAGACCCUAUACGUGCCAUGUCUAUACGCUAUGACCCGAAAAGAGUUGUACAAUAAUCCCUGCUACAAAAUUAUGGUACAGAUGGCAUGCUGUGAUUUGAUUACCAUACCUAUUACCGGCUUCUUCUCAGGGUAUUUCAGCUUUUAUGGCGUCAUGUACUGCGAUGCCAGACUUCUGAAUAAUCUGCUCGGCACUGUGCUGCUUGUUAAGUUACUAACCUACUUUACCAUGCCAUACCCUAUCCUACUGUGCCUUGCCUUAGGUCCAGCAAUGAAAGAUUUGUCGUGCGAAAAAUUGGGCCUGGCUCCUUGACAGGUCAAGCCCACCCAACCGUAACCUAUCAUACCAUGUCAUAUAGUAUGCAAAAAAUUCAUAAGCCGUAUUUUACAUAAAAUUAAAUAUCUUUCAUUUUCAGGUUUCUGGAUGGCUUAUUCCUGGGCAGCAGUAAUUUUGGCCAUAAAUCGAAUUGCCAGUUUAACCGACCGAGCGCACUGGUUCGAAGGCAAAAAAGUGUACUACUGGUUGACGUUACCAUUGACAAUAGGUAUACUAUCAUCAGUUUUUGGUACGCCAGUCGCAUAUUCACCAAUAUUGGCUAGCUACACUUUCAAUCCGUUUAUUGAAAGUGUGGUUGAUGUGGAUCAUAUUGUAAGCUACAUAGGUCUAACAUAAAGCCCCACUUUUAUUUCUUACUCUAGAUUAUACCUUUACCUCUGUACACUAUACAGUACCCUAGGCUAUAACAGUUUAAAUGAAAUAAGAUAAAUGAUUAACAACGUAUUUUACAAUGUUAGUCAUCUAUAUUACUCUAAGCUACUGUACUAACAAUUGUAAGUCCUAACUUUUUCAGUACUCAAUGCCCAUUCACACAGCAGACAACCUAUCCUUCAGUAUUCUACUCCCCACCAUCUACAUUGUGUUUUACCUUAAAAAUCGAGCUCUUCUCAGAAACAAAAGUCAUUCUUCGGCUUCGAAAAAAGAGUACAGUGUAAGUUUUAAAACCAAGGCUUAUUUUAUAAAAGACAAAUUUACGAAACGUAUUUUACAAAACAAACUCUAAACCAAAAUUUACAUUAUUAUGGUAAAUUAUUCCAAAUGCCGCAUUAAAACCCAACAUUAACUACUGUAUAAUAUCAAGAAAUGACAUGUUUACAGUAAUUGCAUUACAAAAUUACAUGUUAUUACUAAUUAAUGUUUAUAAAAUAAAAUGUUUUCAGUUAUUCCUUCAAUGCCUAGUAAUCAGCACAUGUAUUACAAUGGCCGCCACUGGCUACACAUUCAUUCAAUUUUUGAAUUUGCCAUUAUGGAUUGGCCAAGUCAGUCACAUUUUGUGGCUCUUAGUCCAAGGCUCACCAUCUAUCGUAUACUUGUGCAUGAACCGCAGCAUACAACGAAUCUUGUUGAAGAAGGUCAAGCUUCGUAUCACCAUCUCCAAAGUCAGCGACAGCCAGAACCACAGUCAAACGGAGCGAAGUCACAACACUACACACAAGACGAGAUUUUCAUCAAAAGUCACUGGUGACAUACCGGCUAUAUCUUCAUAG